CUCUUAACAAUGUUCUCCAAUGCAAUGAUUUUGGCAUUCGUUGUUUUAACACUUACUCGUAUGCUUAUCAUCCAAUGCUAUCCUUUAAGCCAAUUUUAUCCUUACGGUUCAGCUGCAGGUGAUAGUAAUUUACCGGCAAAUGAUGACGGGUCUACUUCCCGUAUACCUAUAGCGGUACCUUUUCCAUUCUUUGGGGCAUCAUACCAUUCAACAUAUGUGAAUAAUAAUGGCGACAUUACGUUUGAAUCUCCACUGACACAAUUUACCUCGGAGCCCUUCCCAAUAAACGGAUCUCACAAAAUUAUAGCUCCAUUCUGGACGGACAUUGAUACUAGACAUGGAGGGUCGUUAUGGUACCGAACCACUACAGAGGCGGCUCUACUACAAAGAGGAACAACGAAAAUCCGUUCUCUAUUUCCCGCCAUUACACAUUUUACCGCCACCUGGAUGAUGGUGGUUACGUGGAAUAAUGUAGCUGCUUACAGCUGUUCUCCUAAUUGUCAUCAGAGAAACACUUUUCAACUAAUCCUCAUAACGGAUGGAACUCAUUCAUUUGCUGUAUUUAAUUACAACAAAAUCACAUGGACCAAAUCGGCACAGGUUGGGUUCAAUGCAGGUGACGGUGUACACUAUUUCUCUGUUCCUGGUUCAAUGACAGACGCUGUUUUGAAUCUUCCUCAAAUGUCCAAUAUCGGUGUUCCGGGACAGUUCGUUUUCCGAGUAGACCAAACCAAAAUCUCCAAUGCAGACACUAUUGAUGAAUGUGCCAGUUCUCCCUGUUUGCAUGGAAAUUGUUCAAACGAAUAUCUUCAUUACGAAUGUAUCUGUGACCCGGGCUACACGGGAGUUAAUUGCGAAAGUGAGAUAGACGAAUGUCAGAGUUCACCAUGUAUCCAUGGCAACUGUUCUGACCACCUAAAUCAUUACACAUGCCAUUGCCAGGCAGGGUACACUGGAAUCAACUGUCAAACAGAUAUCGACGAAUGUUCCAGUUCUCCUUGUUUGUAUGGUACAUGCAAUGACCUAGUCAAUGGUUACCAGUGUAACUGUGUUGCUGGUUAUACAGGAAUACACUGCGAGACAGAUAUCAAUGAAUGCCAAAGUUCUCCUUGUAUCCAUGGAAACUGUUCAGACCAUGUUAAUCAUUACACAUGUCAGUGUUAUGCAGGGUUCACUGGAACAAAUUGUCAGAUAGACAUUGACGAAUGUGUUAGCUCCCCUUGCAUACACGGAAAUUGCACUGAUCAAGUCAAUGGAUACAUCUGUGAUUGCAUACCUGGUUACACCGGAGUCGUUUGUGAAACAGAAAUUGAUGAAUGUGAAAGUUCUCCCUGUACACAUGGCGUGUGUAUUGACGAAAUUAAUAACUACUUGUGUGUCUGUGACACGGCGUACUACGGUAGACAGUGCUCAGAAUUUGACAUAUCUUACUUGAUACCAUUAUUGGUAGGAUUACUUUUAUUCCUUCUUGGUGUUAUUUUGUUCCUUUUGUGGAAACGAUUCAAAGGAGAAAACAAAGAGGACACCACUGUGGGAAUUAUUUACUUCAGUGACACAACUCUAGGCCCCAGAAAGACAUCCUUCCAACGUCAGCCACCAACGCUAUCCAACUUUUCAAAGAUCAUCGGUUUCACAACUCAAAUUUGGCAUAAAGUCAUAUCAUCUCAAAGUAUCACUCCUCAUGGUGACAAAAUACAGGCUCACUCAAACAACUUUCCGAGGAGUAAAAAGUCGUCUGAGACGAACAAUUCACCAUCUCAAUUUGAUGAAGCUCAUGUUGUGCAAUUUCCCAACAGCUUGAAUCACCAUCAUUGAUUAGAAACAUCAAAUGUUAAUAAACAUCAAGAGGAUAUUAAAAUUAAUUUAUAUUGUUCGAUUUAGUUGCCAUGUAUUUUCUUUCUAGCACACCUGGAAUAUACCUAAGGCCAGUGUGAGCUGAAUAACGCCAUUUUCUCAUAUGUCGAUUCAAUAUAUCCUAGUGAACUGAAAAUAUAAGACAUCAUAGAGUCUUUCAAAUCUGCUUCAUACCUGUUUUAUUGAACAUACAUGUAGGUGUUGAUAACAAACAAAUAACCCGACUUUAUGACAAACAGGAUAACAUCAGCUCCUUCAUCGAUAUGGUACUUAUGUUUCUUCAUUGAUGUAUAUGAUUUUCAUUUAUGGUAGCUACAGCGAUAGUUUUUUUUAAACAAAAUACAAUUUUACUUUUCGGAGCGAUUUUAUUUCCUUUAUGUCCACCUUGAAACAAACUUUUUUAUUCCAAGUUUCCUGCAACAGUAACAUUAUGCCUGUGCAUUGUAAUAGCCACGAGAUAUUGAUAUUUUAUAGUCAUUCCACCCUCCUGUAAUGUCAUCAGACUUUGCAAACUCAAUUAUUCAUUUAGAUUUAUGCAUGAUAGGAACAUAAAAUUUGUUAGAGUCUAUUCCUAUAAUUCUUGUUAAAAAUAAAAUAUUUCAAAAAUCCAAGUUAUAGAUGAAUAAUCAAUGAUAUGUUUCAAAAUAUUGAAUCCAAGGCCAAUAACUCUGUUUUUAUUUAUUUCUUUAUCAAGUCUAUUAUGCGAUGAUUUCAUUUAUUUGUUACAGACAUUUUGUAUAUUUUUGUGAAGAUACAGUUUUAUGAAAUUGUUAUGAAUGCUACUAUAUCGUCAUAACCAGUUUCUGUGGAAUUUUAAUCACGCUGUAUAAGGAAAAUUUCAAUUUUCUGAAGGUGAUAUAUGAUUCUGUUUAUGUUCGUCUCACAUCUUAAAAAGUGUGAUGACCUAUGUAUUUUAUUUGAUAAUUUGUUAGUUGAAAUCUAAUAAAUGGAAAUAAAUACACAUGU